CUCCGUCCAGCAGCAGCAGCAGCAGCAACAAGAGGAGGGAGGAGGAGGAGGGGUCGCUUUUGGAGAGGAAGCGAAAUGAAGGAGCCAAGCAGGAAGCCCAAAAGAGUUCGCCUGAAAAAAGAGACCAGCAGAGUUAUAAAGGCAGCGGAGGCGGCCAGAGUUUGCUUGCAGUCCUCCCCGGGUUUUGCCGUGCAAAAAUAAGAACAGUCACAGCAGCAGCAGCAGCAGAGCCCUCCUGCAUCCCCUCCCCUCUUUGCCUGGCUGCCUGCUUCCUCUUCCAGCACCCCGGGGGAGAAGGACAGCUCCCUUUGCCCGUUGGCACACUCUGCGCGCGAGAAGUCCCCGGCAAGCCGCCUUGAAGGGGAAGGAGGAGGCGGCGGAGGUCACCGGCGAGCAACAGACGCGGCGAGCUUGCCGGGCACCUAACUCAGCCCUUGCAGGCGCCCGAGACGCCCGCUUCCUCCAGAGCUCCGCUCUCACCUUGUACCUGCUCGCAGUUGCCUAGUCGGGGAAGAAGACCCCCUCCUCCCCCAGUCCCACAACCUGUCGGCCUCGGGGGGUGGAUCUUGAAGCAGGCAAAGCAGAAUGUACCAGGGACACAUGCAGGGGAAAGGCUCUAGGGCGGCAGAUAAGGCUGUUGCCAUGGUGAUGAAGGAGAUACCGAGGGAGGAGCCUGCCGAGGAAAAGCCCCUCCUUACUAUGAAAUCACAGCUGGUGAAUGAGCAACAAGAAAGCAGACCCCUCCUGAGCCCCUCCAUCGAUGACUUUCUUUGCGAAACCAAAUCAGAAGCCAUUGCAAGGCCUGUGACGUCCAAUACAGCAGUUUUGUCUACAGGGCUGGAUCUCUUGGACCUGAGCGAACCAGUCUCCCAAACCCAAAACAAAGUGAAAAAGCUGGAGAAUUCCUCAAGAGGGGAAAGCUUGAAGGCUUCAACUCACAGGAAAAAGCCAGACAAUCCAGACCUUAUCAGUGUGGAUGCUGAGCAGAAAAUCCAGCCUGCCAGAGCUCCCGAGAAGUCGUCAUUGGAUUUAGUCAAUAUCCAGGCGCAGCUAGAGAAAUGGGAUGAUGUGAAGUUUCAUGGAGACAGAGCCAGCAAAGGCUUCCCAGCACCGGAGAGAAAACCUUCAUCUACUAGAGCUCCAUCAAAAGAAUUUCUAUGGUCUGCAGAGAACAGGUCCCAGUCAGAGCUGGCCACUGUCAAGACCGCACUGGAAUCUGACUCAGCCUCGGAUAUAGAAUUAGCGCCUGCUCCUGCACUUGCACCAAAGGCACGAUCAACCAAAGAGCAACGUUGGGGAGGUGCCCUCCUCUCACGAAAUCAUUCUAUGGAGGAGGAAUUUGAAAGAGCGAAAGCAGCUGUUGAGUCAGACACAGAGUUUUGGGAUAAGAUGCAAGCAGAGUGGGAAGAAAUGGCUCGCAGAAACUGGAUCUCCGACAGCCAAGAAGCACAAGGCCAAGCAGCCGUCUCCAUUAAUGAGAAGGGCUAUUAUUUUCAUACAGAGAACCCCUUCAAAGACUGGCCUGGCGCUUUUGAGGAAGGCCUCAAGAAGCUGAGGGAGGGGGACUUGCCCCUGGCCAUCUUAUACCUGGAAGCUGCUAUUCUCCAAGAUCCUCACGACUCCGAGGCCUGGCAGUACCUUGGGACAACACAAGCUGAGAAUGAAAAUGAGCAGGGAGCAAUUGUUGCACUCCAAAGGUGCCUAGAGCUCCAGCCAAACAACUUGAAAGCCUUGAUGGCCUUGGCUGUGAGCUUUACAAACACCAGCCACCAGCAGGAGGCUUAUGAAGCGCUAAGAAACUGGAUCAAGCAGAAUCCUAAAUACAAGCACAUCGUCAGGAGUAAAAAAGGAUCCCCGGCACUUACCAGGAGAAUGUCCAAGGCAGCAGAAGAAAGUUCACUGCUGGAAGAGGUGAAGGAGCUAUACCUGGAGGGAGCCCAUCAGAAUGGGGAGAUGAUAGACCCGGACUUACAAACAGGACUCGGCGUGCUCUUCCACCUGAACGGAGAAUUCAACAGAGCAAUAGAUGCAUUCAGCGCUGCCCUCACAGUUCGGCCUGAGGAUUAUUCAUUGUGGAACCGCCUCGGUGCAACCUUAGCAAAUGGAGAUCGGAGUGAGGAAGCCGUAGAAGCUUACACGAGAGCACUGGAAAUCCAGCCUGGCUUCAUCAGGUCCAGGUACAAUUUAGGAAUAAGCUGCAUCAACCUUGGAGCAUACAGAGAGGCAGUCAGCAAUUUCCUCACAGCUCUCAAUUUGCAACGAAAGAGCCGGAAUCAGCAGCAGGUUCCUCACCCUGCAAUUUCAGGUAAUAUCUGGGCAGCUCUCCGGAUUGCUUUGUCUAUGAUGGACCAGCCAGAACUUUUCCAGGCCGCUAAUGUGGGCGAUCUGGACGUCCUACUAAAAGCUUUCAACAUCGAACCCUGAUGCACACAGGGAGAGAGAAAGACUCACACAGAGAGACACUUAACCAAGCCCUCAAAAGAAAAAAGAAAGCCCAACCCAUCUAGUUCUAUACAGAAAUAGAAAUAUCUUUGAAUUCCCUGCUUGGACUGAGAAAGACGACGUGGACACUUUGCAGCAGAAAGGGUUCUAUGGGAUUCCACCAGAUCUCCAGAAAAUUAAAAGCACAAAACCUUGUAAAUAUCACCUCGCGCAAGUCAACAUGGGAACAACAGCUACUAUGGUGCAUAGGGGAACUGGACAAAACAACUUCACCUGGAUAUUCCUUACGACAUGUACUUGUACAAAGAAAAUGGGUUUUGAAUAUCAUGCUACCAUGUGCAUAAGAGCACAGAAAAGGUGUUGGGUAGCGUUUCCUAAGGAGCUCCUCUGCCCCUCAAAUACAGCAGAAGAGGGGAGGAUGGAUGGUUUCUCACUUCCAUCUUCCACAGUUCCUUUCCCACACCUGCGGCCAUCCAUAUGUAAACGUUGGAGUAGCUGCGUUUUCCCCACCGUUAGCAACCAUCUACGGCUGAAACGUUAAUUGGAUUUUGAUUCUGGAGUCUGGAUCCCGUGAAGCCCUCCAAAACAAAGAUCUCAUAAGAUCCGAGAAGUCUACGCUUGGAGAAUUUGAAGGUUGAAUCAUAUGCUGUAGGGGAUGGGUUGUGCAAACAGAGGGCCAUUUCUAAUGCUGCAGCACCGCUGAUGCAGGGGGUUUCUGUGUGUGCAGCAGAACUUCCUCUCCCUCUCCUGUUCUCUCCAGCCUCCUGGGUGCCCUCAAAACCAGUUCUAGAUGGUUUGGGAAACCCUCUGGAGCAGAUGUUGAGGGUGCAUGGGGAGAGGAGAGCAAACGGAAGUUCCGUUACACCAGUGGAACGGUUCUGGCGCAGCAUUAAAUACAGCUGCUAAGUUGCAAUUUGCACUAGAGGUUUUUUUGGGGGGGUAUGCAUGGGUAGGGCUGGCCCCAACUGUUUGGGCACCCUGGAUGGGUACCUGGGUGCACCUUGAACCCCUUUCUGAAUCCACAAAUUGUCUCUCAAAACCCCAUGCCCCUUUUCCUUAGAGAGGUAAACCUGUUGCUAAGAAUGUAGCCUACCAAUGUCUGUUUUCAGUGAUUCUGCAGGGAUGUUGCGGUCGAAAUCGUGAGUUGGUACCUAGCAGUGCAGGAAUGUACCUGAAAUCACUUCCCAAGCAGUCAGGGAGUGUUUUGUGCAGUUGCUAGGUAGCUGCCACGCAGGUUUCCUUCCCCUCCAUCAAGCAAGCAGACACUGUUAGCGGGUGAUGGCAGAGUGUUCAGCAGCAGGCUGCCCAGUGCUCUGGUCAGAUGUCCAUUGUGGCCACCAAGUGUUGUUUUGAGCAGAGCUCGCAACAGGACCACGAUCAAUGGGUUCAUUUGCACUUUAAUCUAGCUUUUCUGGUUUUAUUUGUAAAGGGGGGGGGAGAAAAAAUAUAAAAUACUUUUUACACAUUUGGAGAGAAAUAUGCAGAUUCAGCCAUGCUGGCAAAGGACCAAUAAGGAACUUGACACAAGGCGCAGCUUCCUUCCAGGCUGUUUAAAAAAUGCAAAUAGGAGCCAUAAAUUACAGUCAAGAAAUGGGAGAGGAUAUAGCACGGGUGUUAAUGGGAGGCAAAUGUCAGCAGUCGAAGGACAGACAUCUGUUCCCUCGCCCUUUUGGAAGAAAAUGAACAGAUGGGCUUGCAGCCCCUGGUCUAGCAAAAGUGCUUCAGCUGAUGCUGAACUAUUUUGAGAAGGGAUGGCAAAAUUCUCCACUCUCCUUGAUGGUACACGAUCAGCUCUAAAAUCUUCAAACUCGGUGCUUGAAGGAAUUAAAAAAUCCACUCAAGGUCACCAGGAAGUGAGCGAGCCCCAUUUAAAUGAAUGGGAGUCAUUCUUGAGCAGAGGAGGAAGCUCUUGAUUUCAGUGGGGCUUACACGGAAGAAAUGUCCUGAUCCAUUGGGUCCCAUGGGGAAAAAAGUGCCCUUUAAUUCCAGUUGAUUUCAGAAGUAGACAAAAUGCUAGAUUUUUAGAUGACAUUAGACAUUUGAAUGGAACGUUAAGUGCCAGACAUAAGGCACAUGAAGAACCUUCCAUCCAAGAUGGAUUAUCAGGAUGUAUCAAUAAUUCCAUUUUCUAAAAUGGUGAAUAUUUGUAAUUUUCUUUUUUAAAAAAAUAAUAUCACAAACUAUGGUAUAAAAACGGGGAAAGGGAGGGUAUACAGCGUUUCAUACUUAGAAUGUUAUACACAGGGUAUCGCUUGGACUUCUUGAAGCCUGAUCACUUUGGCUUGUUUAUCAGUGCUGGUGACAUGGGUUAGCAGGCAGUGUGUUCUCAAACCUCAUUGAAAACAUGGAUGUGCUGGCACAGCCCAAGUGGAGAAUGUUUCCUAAAUGUAAUGAUGUUCUUUUAAAUGAUCACCCAGAACCAUGCCCAUAAAUGUCAGAUGUGGCUGAACAGCAUCUCCCAUAAUCCCUGCUGGCCAUGGGCCCAUGCUUGCCGGGGCUGAUGGGAGUUGUAGUUCAGCAACAUCUGGUGGGCCAGCAGUCCCCCACCCCUACUCUAAAUUCAAGGCACCUUAAGAAUUGCCUUGCUAGCUCAGACCAAAGGUUUAUCUAGGCCGGCAGUGGGCAGAAUAGUUGAGGAUCUGCUGGGAGAAGUCUGGCAAGUAGAUUGGCAAGGGUUCCCAACUCCCAGUCGUUUAACAAUGGCAAAACAAAAUGGCGCACACACCCUCAUCCACUGUAUCAUAGUUGGAUGAGGCAAGAAGGAGCAAGGCAGGUUACCUAGGAUUGGAUUUUAAUGUGAAAGAACUGUGAACUCAGUUAAGUUAUGGUAUCUAAAACAAAUUUCUGGGUUCAGAAUUAUUUUAAUUUAGAGUGUACAUCAUUUGUCCCUGGCCCUGGUUGGUCAGUCUCAGGAUUCUAGUAAAUAAGCAAUUAAGUGGGUCCUGCGAGCCUAACGUCUAAAAGCCACUGCUUUAGAAGUCUGUUUUCAGCAUUAAGUGGUAUAUAAAUUAAUUCUUUGUCAUCGCUGAAGCCAGCACUGCUGUCUCCAACAGCUGAUAGCUAUAUGCUCCAGGCAAAUUCCUAAACGGGGAUAUGAUAACUGACAGCCUUUCCCUGGCGCUUGUCCCCGGCUGAAAGAUAUAUUGCCUAAGGACAUGGAGGUUCUGCUCAGCUGUCAUCGCUAAUCGGUAGGCCUACACACAAGGUCCCAGAAGCAGAGUGCAUUCCAAGAAAAAAAAUAAACCAUUCAGUAGUAAUAAGCAAAGAUCUUUACACAGAUAGCAAUAAAACCUUGGAUGUAAAUGCCCCAAUCCAUCUUGCCAUUCUUUCUCUGCAUGCAGCGAUGCUACUAGUGCGUAUCUGGUGAAAACGGCCAUUUAUUUUUAUGGCUUACGAACAAACACCUUUGCUGUCUCAUUGCUCACAAUGUCCAGAUGCAACAGUUCAUUAGCAACACUGGAAACCAUUCAGAAUAGUUUGUUGCUGUGUAGCCUGUUGGACAGGGCAGAUCUGAGUAGAGCUGGGAGCCAAGGAGCACAAUCUGGUAGGAAUUUCCUCCAGCACCUUUGAAAUGGACAACAGUUUGGGUCAGACGACACACAAGUGGCAUCUACUUUUUAAAAACAAACAAACUGUAUAGUCAACCAGAACUGGUGGUGGUGGUGGUUUUCAACAGUACCGAGAGACGGUUAACCUUCCCUGCCUCCUUGUGGUUCUGAAGAAAAUAGCUCCCCUCAACCCCCAAGCCAACAGGGUGGGCAGCUCAUAUCAUUGCUGAUGGGGGCUUCUGAAUGAAUAGCAGCCUAGGGUGGGAAAGUGGAUUAUUUAUUCUUAUUCUUUUUCUUACAGGAUUAUGGUGCAAGCCUAACUUUUGCAUCUACACACCAACAUGCUGAUUAAAGCACAGGGCAGUUACUGACCAGUGGUUUCUAAAGGAUGCAUGCUACAAAAGAGUGUAAUUUAGCAUCAUGUGUAUUUCGUCCAUAGAAGGGAUCUACUGUCUGUUGAAGGAAACCAAGACUUUGCUCCUUCCAGUAGUAGCCUUAAAGCAACUGCUUCUGCUGCCCCGCUGAUUUCUGUCCUCUCCUGUGUACUUCACUGUGGUCCCAUUAACACCAUACCUUUAAAGCACUAGGAUACCACAAAUCACAGCUUCUCCCAAAGGAUUCUGGGCACUGUGGUUUCUUAAGGGGGCUGAGAGUUUUUUUUUUAGGAGACCCCCUAUUCCUUGCACAGAGUUACAGUUCUCUCAGAGUUCCCUGUGAUUAACUGCUAAACCAAUCUGAGAAUUGUAGUGCUGUGAGGUGAACAGAGGUCUCCUAGCACCUCUCAGCACCCUUUGCAAACUGAAGCUCCCAGGAUUCUUUGGGGGAAAGCCAUGACUGUGUAAAGCAGCAUCAUAGCGCUUUAAAUCCAUAGUGUGGAUGUGGCCAGUGUCAUUUUGCUGCUCUGUUCCUGCUCUUGCGGAGGACAGGAUGAAGACGGGUUUCCUCCUCACACACACACACCCCGGUGUGCUGCAUCCUAGGAAAUAAGCAGCUGCUUAAAGGAGAAAAAGUGCACACAUUGUCCCCUGCCUCCAUCUUUCAGGUUCACUUUUAGUGCAAGCUUUGGAACUCAUUGACACUUGACAUUAUAAGCUGUGUCUCCAUGGUAGAGCUACUUGCAGUGGACAAUGCAGGAUUGCUGCCCAAAGUGACAUCCCUGUGUCAACACAUCUUCUCCUUUCUUUUAGUCAAAUGUAUUAUGUCGUUUUCCUGCCAGUGAUGUGGAGCGACAAGGCGGAGCGAGAGCAUGGGCACAUCUGACUAAACUUUAUGGAAGCAGGAAGAGAAAAUCAACAUGGAAAGGGGGGGAGAGAGAAUUGAACACAGGGAUACCAUUUUUGGCAGCAGCCCUGUGUCAAGUGCCACAUGUAGAUCAACUCUUGCAAAUCAGAGGGUGGUAUUCAGCUAAG